GAUACGCCAAUGUGGCACCUUAACCCCCCAACAGUCAGAACAGUCCCCUCCCCCAACAUUGUGGUUUGUGGUUGAGAGGCCGCUUGCUCUGCCUUUUAACCUGAGAAAGAACGAGAGUAUGCUGACAUUUCUCUCCCCACAGUUACAUUUACAAGAAAAGUAACUGAAACAGGUUUGAGGACGUCUGCAUGGAACAGUGUUAACAGUCCAGCAAACCCAAGUCUCCUUGGCUAUACGCAGACGGAUCAACCCUGGAUAACCACCUGUUUGGACACUUUACACACUAACUCCCUCAAGGGGUUGUUGAGGUGAUGGAGGCAAAGGAACACUGGUUCCUGCCAGGGUUUCUGGUUCUUGCUAUGGUAAUAGCUCAAGGGACAACUAGUAAAUAUCUUUCUAGUCCUCAAUGCUACAAGAAAACUGAAAAAGCUACCACCUAUACAUGUGAAUGGAUGAAGUCUGGGUCUAUGCAAAAUGCCACCUAUGAGCUUUUUUACAAGCGCUCCAAUUCUGCAGAAAAAAAAAAAUCAUUGGGCAAAAAUCAGCAGAGCUAUAUCUUUGUGAAUGAUGAUAAAGUGCUCGAAAAAGUGCCCGUGGAUCUAUGGGUGGUUGCUUAUAUGGGCAACCAGAGCUGCAAGUCACUCAAUACCUCUGUUCGACUUAAUGAAAGUGUUAAGUAUGAAGCGCCCCAAACUACAUCUAUGUCAAGAUCCUCAAGUAAUCUUACCCUCAGCUGGGUUAACAAGGAAGAAGUGAAAAAUCACAUGCCGGAAGAUGUUGUAUUAGAGGUCAAGUUCAGAAGAUUAGAGAAAACCUCAGGGAUAUGGAACACAACUGAAACAGAAGUCAAACAAGCCAUGGUCACUCUGGAGAAUCUCCAGAACCAAUACAUGUACCAACUGCAGGUCAGACAAAAGUCCAAGCAUGUCAAACGUCCCCUGUGGAGCGACUGGACUCCAAUCUUGGACGUUCCCACUGAAAUCAAAAAUCCCACAGAGGUUAAGUGGACAGUGGAGGAUUUUAACAACGGUACCCGACUACUCAAGCUAACUUGGGGUACACCACCUUAUCCAGUCUCUGUGGGACAGGUGUAUUACAACCUCUCUCUCCAUAUUUGGCCUUGCCAACUAAAGCGAAAGAACCACACCAAUAUCACUACCACUACCACUGAGUUCAGUGUUUAUGUGACUUACUCUGCUGUCAGUGGUUACAUUUUUGCCUUUAAUAAGGUGGGAAAAUCAUCGCAGACACAUAUCCUUAUCCCAGCAAAAAAUCUUACAUAUCCCAGGAAGUCUUGGCCUGAUGACAAACUCAUCCCACGCAAGUAUACCCCUCGCCUUAAAAAUUCCUGCCUGGAAUGGUACAAGCUAACAGACGGAGAAACACAACCAGCCAAAGUGAAUAUAUCAAAAGUGAUGAAUGGAACAGUGGAGGAAACACUCAAAUCUAUCAGACAAAAGAUGGACGACUAUGUACGUUACUUUUACCUCGUUCACAAACAAACUGAUGGAAAGCCACAAACAACAGAAAUGCGACUCAUGUAUAAAAAAGAGGGUGCAGCUAGUAAGGCACCUGAGAAUUUCACUGUUAAUGUAACAACCAACUCUGCAAUGCUGCAUUGGAAACCUAUUCCUGUGCAAGACCAGCAAGGCUUCCUUACACACUAUGAAGUCUGCUACACAAGAAGCCAAAAUGAUGGGACCCACAUUGAAAUAAAAAAGUGUCACAACAUUUCAACAUCAAAAACAGAGUACCUUAUUCAAAACCUGACACCUGAGUGCGAAUACAAUAUCUAUCUUGCUGGAGUAACAGCUGCAGGCUCAGGACGAAAUAUAUCUAUCCAUAUCUUGACAAAGUCUCAACACAAGUCCAUUACUGAUAUGAAUCGGGAAGGUUGGAUGACAGCUGGCAUAAUUGUUUUAAUUGCAAUAUUAAUAACAAUAUGCUUAUUUAUCAUCAAGAGACAUAAAAGCAAGAUCUUCCCACCAAUACCACGUCCUAUGGUCGCAGAGUCCAAGAAUUAUCGAGCGAGUACUCAGGACAUGUAUGAGAUUAAGGAAGAGGUGCAUGAGCUGCAGCUACAUGACAAGAGGAGCCCUGAGGAAGCCACUCUCCUGGAGGUGUGUGAAGACGUGAACGAGAAGAGCCUUGGAGACUCCAGCACACCAGAUGGAGUCAGUGACCUACUGACCUCUGAUUUUAAGGGCCAGGUGUUAAGUCUAGAUACCGCCGAUCCAAGCCAAGGAGAGAUUGACUGUGAGGUCACCAUGCUGAUGUAUAGGAACGGUCUGGUCUUUGAUAUGAAGGCAGACUCCACCGAGGAUGUCGGGACGCCACUGUAGACAUCACUGCGGUAGCACUUACUUAAAGACUGUAAUUAAAAUGCAUUAUGAUGCAUUAUAAGACUUGUCAUAACUUAAUCAUGUAAGACCCCCUUAACAUGGUGUAUUGUAGUUUCCAAUUGAUCCUGAGUAAAUAACAGCCAUUUUGAGUCAGUUGAGAAACAUGACAUAAUAUAAUUAAGUAAUAAGGCCCGAGGGGAUGUGGUAUAUGGCCAAUACCAUGGCUAAGAGCUGUUCUUAGGCAUAACGCAGCACCCUUAGCCAUGGUACAUUGGCCAUAUACCACAAACCCCUGAGGUGCCUUAUUGCUAUUAUAAACUGGUUACUAAGAUAAUUAGAACAGUAAACAAGUACUUUUGUGUCAUACCCGUGGUUUUCAGCCAAUCAGCAUUCAGGGCUCGAACGACCAGGUUUAUAAUAACACAUUAUAAAGGUUCAUACAUGUUCAUAAUAACUUAUAAAGCAUUAUAUCUGCAGACUUUAAGUAAAGUGUUACCAAUACUGCUAGGGCCUGUGACGGUGGCCUGGUUGGGCCGUUUAGCACUUUGCCUGUUCAAAUGACCAGGCUAAUUCAUUAACAGAUUAUUACUGUAGAUAUAAAUAGUUUGCAUUGAUGUGAGCGCCUUGAAAAAGUAAUUUUUGUAUAUUAUUUUAUGUUAUAGAUGUACCUUGUUAGCAAUAAGGACUGUGUUGAUUUGUGUUGUCUUCUACAAUGUAGAAAUGCCUUGGAAUAGUACUGAAUAAUAAUGACUUUUAUCAUUAUAAAUGUUAUAUUUAAAGGCCUAAGUGAGUAAGUAAAAACCAUACAGGGGUAGUAGACAACAAGUGAAACUGAAGUGUGAACUUCCCUUGUAAGAACCUUUACUCAGUCGGCUAGACAGGAAGUGGUGAGACACAGAACACUGGCCUAAAAUCAACCUAUGUAUGUACGUUACCAGGGUGACAAUAUUGCUGACUAAUUCAUGUUUUUUAUGGUUGUUAGUGUUUCAUCUCGACCUACUUAGAAAAUGGAAAAUAAAAUGUUUCUGAUGAUGUGUUCACCUUCAUAAAAAAUAUUUGUCUUUUCUUUAAGGCGUAAAUUCUGAAUUCAGAGAAUGGCAUGUGUCUCAGAAUGAAUAGGUGUUAAUAGCAUAUUUAAUCUCGUAGACCUCGGUAUUUGACCACACAUCAGAUCAAGAUUAUAUUUAUACAGACACUAUCUAUUGUGGGAUAGAUUCUGGUCAGAUUUGGGUUACUAUUGUGAACCACAAACAUGGUACAUUGAAUCACAAUGGAAUUUUCCUGUUUCCGGUCACAACUUGCAGACUUGUUUACGCUGCUGUGCGUUUUUGUUGCCGAUCUUACUUUGAUACCUGACGGUUUUUUACUUUUUCAUUACCGUAU